AUGCCGGAGUCUCAGUUCACCACCACCCUACCGCCGGAAGAAUCUGCCUCCGCCAGCUCUCAGACGCCGCCGGACCGAUCACGCCAGACGCAGCGCGCGAUAGGCACUUCCACGAGAGGCAACUGGAGUAUCGCGGAUGGCUCCGCUGCCAUUGUUAGAGACGAAACGUGUUCUUGUUUCGCCGUUGUCUUCAGCUUUUGGUUAUUCGUGUCGAUGACUAUGAUACUGGGGGUUUAUGGGUCCAUGAACAUCAUGCUUGGCCCGUCAUCUUCUAUAGUUUUCCAACCAAGUCCCGUGUUCGUGCAAUCUUUGAAGGUAGAAAAUUUAAUGGCAAACCCUGGAUCAGGACCCAAUCUUUAUGGUACAUAUGGGUACCCCCCACUUGAUGUUGUUAGCACUUGGGGUGAAACUCGCAAUCCAUUGCAAAAGCAACUGAGUUUCGCACUCUUUCUCACUCUUAAGUCAUGUCCUCCGCAGGAACGGAAAUAUUAUCUAAAUAAAGGGAGUACAAUUAAUAUUUCGUAUCACGUCAGAUCUAACAGCUCCACUGUUUUCCUUAUAAUCGCGGAAGGGUCCGAGAGCCUCAAUCGGUGGCUGGAGAACCCAACAGAACCUAACACAACUCUGUCAUGGAAUGUGAUCCAUGGAAGUGGUAUGAUUACGCAGGAAAUAUUCUGGUCGUCGAGCUAUUACGUGGCAUUGGGUAAUUUGGAUGAGGAUGUGGAGGUGGCAUUAAACAUCAGUGUAAGGGCCUUCUUGCAUAAUACCACGAAUGCCUACUACAAAUGUUCUCUUACCAAUGAUCCAUGCAGUUUAAAUAUUUUAUUUCUUGAUGAAAAUUCAGCUGUUUUAGUUACACCUGGUCCACAACAGAAUGCAUCCAAUGAGUGGUAUAUCAAAAUUUCCUAUGGACCAAGAUGGAUAACCUAUAUUUUUGGCAUUGGUGGAUUGACUUUGCUUGUAUUUUGGACCUUCAAUUUAUUGAACAAGCUUCAGUGUGCCCAUGAAAAUAGAGAAGGCGUCAGAACUGACGGGGCAGAGCCUCAGAGAGCACCUCUGCUUUCUCACAAAGAUGAUGAUCUUUCAAGUUGGGGUUCAUCAUAUGAUUCCUUGCCACAAGACGAGGAGGAUCUUGACUUUCUUCCAGGAGGCCCCAUUGAUGGGAAACUUUUGGGUGAUGGUGAAAGCAGUAACAAUACACGGCGUCUUUGUGCUAUUUGCUUUGAUGCUCCAAGGGACUGCUUCUUCCUUCCAUGUGGCCACUGUGUGGCUUGUUUUGCAUGUGGAACUAGGAUAGCUGAAGCAUCUUGUAGUUGCCCUGUUUGUCGUAGGAACAUGAAGAAGGUUAGGAAGAUUUUCACUGUUUGA